UCCCGUGAGAUUAAAAAAAAACCCUCCAGUCCCCCACUCCCGUCGUCCCAGUCUCGUUUUUUCCCCAAUGCUGUCCGCCGUCCGCCGCCGCCUCCUCUCCCUCCAUAUCCGCUACCUCACCGCGACCUUCUCCACCACCACCUCCCACGCUGCCGGCCCCACAGUGUCCUACCUGACAUCCACCUGCGGUCUCUCCCCGGCCGCCGCCGCCCGCGCCGCGGGCUCCAUCCGCCUUGCCUCCCCGGGACAGGCCGACGCCGUCCUCGACCUCCUCCGCCGGUACGGCUUCUCCGACGCCGACAUAUCCACCACCGUCGGCGCGUUACCCAUCAUCCUCGUCUCCGACCCCGCCAAGACGCUCCAGCCUAAGCUCGACUUCCUUGCCUCCGUCGGCAUCACCACGCCGCUCCUACCCAAGCUAAUCUCGAUCAGCCCCAACCUCCUCCACCGCAGCAUACAGGGCCACCUCGCCCCGCUCUUCGAGUCCCUCCGCGAGGUUCUCGGCUCCGAUGCCCGCGUCGUCGCUGCGCUUCGCCAGAUGCCGUUCGUUCUACGUUGCAACCCAAGGACGACCCUCAGCCUCGCGCUCCCGGCGCUUCGAGAUGUCCACGGUAUGUCCCCGGAGGACGUCUCCAAGCUAGCCGCCCUCGAGCCGGGCAUCAUCCUGCAGGGCCCAGAGCGCAUGGAUGAGAUUGUCCGGGCCGUGAAGAACGCCGGCGUCGAGCCGGGCCAGCCCAUGUUCGUUUACAUAUUUGCCAUCGUUUCCAAGAUGAAGAUCCCAACAUUGGAGAGGAAGAUUGCACUCUACCAGAGCCUCGGUUUCGAAAAAAACCAUGUCACCUCAAUCCUGCGCCGACACCCGGGCGCCAUUGGGAUGUCGGAGGAGAAGAUAAAGAAAAACGUUGGGUUCUUGAUCGGCAAGGCGGGGCUGAGCCUAGAAGAUAUUGUGGCCUAUCCCUACAUGCUCGUAAGGAACUUCGAGAGCCUUUCCAGGAGGUGCGCGGUCCUGGCCUUGCUGAGGAGGGAAGGGAAACCAGAGGGGUAUCAUCGGGUGCCUUCUGUGCUCGUGGCCACCAUGAAACGGUUCUUGGAGGUGUACGUCCGGCGGCAUCAGAACGAGGUCCCUGAUGUCGUCCUGGCAAUCGACAGCAAGAUCCUGUUCGAGGGUUUCAAUUUGUUGGAGGAACCACAUCUGCUGGGGAAGAAGAGCAUCCAUGAAAAGCACAGGGUUCUUGGGAUUGGCAGGUCUGCCUUUAGCAGAUUUGACAUGAAAUAUUCCUCUAAGGAGCUACAAACUACUGACCGUGCAGAUGGCAUGUACAACUUGAAUACUGGGUGCAUCACUACAGAACUCAGGAAUGCCCUCUCUAUUUCCUGCUACGCAUUUCUUCUGAGCAAGAGCAAGCACAUGGCAUACUCAAUCACUGCUGUUAUCACAAGCCCGUGUGAUCCUGCCAUCACUUGUGUGCCCAAACUCAUCCAGGAACGACCAUCCUUGUUUGCCGGGGACAAUUGUGCUGAGCGCAUUUUCAAACAAGCGGCCGUAGACACCAAUGGAGACAGAUGUGGUACUCCAAUGCUGUCCGCCGGUUACACCAAACCCCUCGACCGCAGUGCACGGUCUUUCCCCCGUCCCGAGUCUCGUUCCCCAAUGCUGUCCGCCGUCCGCCGCCGCAUCCGCCACCUCACCGCAGCCUUCUCCACCUCCCGCGCUGCCGACGCCACGGUGUCCUACCUGAUAUCCGCAUGCUAUCUCUCCCCGGCCGCCGCCGCCCGCGCCGCGGACACCAUCCACCUUGCCUCCCCGGGCUUCACCACGCAGGGCAACGCGGUCCUCGACCUCCUCCGCCGGUACGGCUUCUCCGAAGCCCACAUAUCCGCCACCGUCCGCAAGUUCCCCAAAAUCCUCGUCUCCGACGCCGCCAAGACGCUCCAGCCCAAGCUUGAUUUCCUCGCCUCCGUCGGCAUCACCGCGCCGCUCCUACCCAAGCUCAUCUCCCUCAACCCCGCCCUACUCCACCGCAGCAUCCAGGGCCACCUCGCCCCGCUCUUCGAGUCCCUCCGCGAGGUCCUCGGCUCCGAUGCCCGCGUCCUCACCGCGAUUCGCCAGAUGCCCUUCGUUCUCCGCUGCGCCCCCAAGACCACCCUCAGCCUCGCGCUCCCCGCGCUCCGCGAUGUCCACGGUUUGUCCCCGGAGGACGUCUCCAAGCUAGUCGCCUUCCAUCCUGGCGUCAUCCUGCUCGUCCCUGAACGCGUGGACGAGAUCGUCCGGGCCGUAAAGAGUACCACUGGCGUCCAGCCGGGUCACCCCAAGUUCGUCUGCAUCUUUGCCAUCCUUUCCAAGAUGAAGACACCAAUAAUUGAGAGCAAGAUUGCACUCUACCAGAGCCUCGGUUUUGAAAAGGACAUAGUCACCGCUAUGCUGCGACGGUACCCAUUGUCGCUAGCAAUCUCCAAAGAGAAGAUAAUUGAAAACGUUGAGUUCUUGGUCAUCAAGGCAGGGCUGAGCCUGGAAGAUAUCGUGUCCUACCCAUCUUUGCUCACUCAUAGCAUCGAGACCCAUUCUAAGAAGUGUGCGGUGCUCACCUUGUUGAGGAGGGAAGGGGAGCCAGAGGGGCAUCAUCGGGUGGCCGUGGUGCUCAAGGCUACCGCGAAACGGUUCUUGGAGGUGUACGUUAGGAGGCACCAGGACAAGAUCCCUGAUGUCGCCUUGGCUAUGGACGGCAAGAUCCCGUUCAAGGGCUUCAAUGUGUUGAAGAAACCGGAAGAAGAACCUCUGAUGUCAUCAGCCUCUGUUCGUUAGGAUUUGUGAAGAUUGUCUUGCUCUUGCAACAAGAUUGCCAACAAAUAUGGUCAUGCCAGGUCAGUUUACUGAACUAUGAUUAAGAAUUUUGUGGAGCUGUUUUUUGUUACGAAUGUAUUGUAGAACCCCAUCAAAUUGUAUUAGCAGCAAACUUGUCUUAUGUUGACCGAUGACCAUUCAAAGUUGCGA